AUGAACUUUUUCUAUUGUGUGUACAUUACAGAUCCUCCAUUGGCCAAGUCAUGGCGAGAAGAUGAAGCUAGGGCCCUGCUUCUCCAUCGCAUUAGCAUGGAUGGAGAAUUUAGGUCCAUGAAAACACACAAAAGCUUGUGGAAGCAGAUUUCCACAAUGCUUAAAGAACAAAAUAUUACUGCGACUCCAGAUCAAUGUGACAACAAGUUUAAGGCUAUGAAAAAAGACUACAAGUCUGCCAAAGACCACAACAAUAAGAGUGGUAAUGGAACGAAGACUUGCCGUUUUUUUGAGGAGUUUGAUCAGCUGUACGGCUGUAGAGCAGGAACUACCCCAGAGGCUACAUUGUGUAGUCUUUCUGUCGAUGACACCUCUACAAGUACACCACAGAGGAAAAAGACGAGGAAAAGGCCAGCAGCAUCCUCAGCAAGUGUCUUGGAGCAAAUUGAAAAAAGGCAAGAGGAAAGAAUGAAAGUAUUAAAGUCGAUGCAUGACGAUAAAGUCAAACUUUUGGAGAGAUUUUUGAAAGUACUUGAAAAGCCAGAUUUAUCAUAG